CCUUUUAUGUUGUAGAGAAAUCAAGAAGCAAAAAAACAAAAGAUCAAGAAGAAUCUCAAAUUAUUUAUCAGAGUAAUUUUGAUAAGUCAUCAUAUCAGAUGGAACAUGCUAUUCUUAUCAAGAUUCUUGAGAAAAUCCAACCAAGUUUAGAUAAAUAUGACUUAAUGUUAGAUAUUGGUGUUGAUAGAGAUUUAAAUAAUAAUAAAACAUUAUCUAGUAUUCGUUUAGUAAACAAAAUUUAUGGAGAUUUAAAGCAUAUAGGCAAGAACAUUCAAAAAAAAAUUGGUAUAAAUAUAAAACAAUUUCUUAAAUAUUAUGAAAAUAUAAUAAUGAAAUAUUAUAUCUGGGUUGUAUAUGCUGCUACCACACAAAAAGAAGAUCCUGAUAUUGAAACACCAGAAGAUCAAAAAGUAUUAGAUUUACAAAUUAAUGGAUUAGUUGCAUAUCUUUCUAGUGAUCAUUCAUUAUGCUGA